UCAAGGCAGUGUCAGUACCAAGCCAGGACUGAACCCCGACUAAAAUGGAUCCAGAAAACCAGUCUCAUCCAAGAGCACCUGAAUCUGGAAUAAGAAAAUAGUUGAUUAUUCUCAGUUUGGCAGUGCAGACAAUGAUGAUGAAGAUUUUGCAUAUAUAACUGUACCUUCAAACAAAAAAUCAAAGAAUAUGCACUCUGAGUCAGCAAAGGAGAAAAUGGUGCAUCAAAAGAAAGCCCCCCAAAAGGAGAUUGACUUACAGAAGGUAUCACCAAAUAAAAAAGCCUUGGAUGAUAAACUUUACCAGAGAAACAUGGAAAUUGCCUUAGCAUUGUCAAUGACUGAACCAUUGAGACACAACCCUAAACUUCAAGACUCUCAGGAACAAGUUUCAGCUGAAGAAUCAGAGGGUGAUUCCAGCUUCAGUGAAGAUGACCGUGAUGAAUUUGUCAUGAAGAAGAAAACUAAAGAAAAGGAAGGAAGGAAAUUGUGUAUCAGUACUAAAAAGAUAACAAAGAAUCCUCCCAAAUUAAAAAGGAAUGUGAUGGUUCAAGCAAAAUCUCAGCCAGAUUUGCAGAAUGCAUCAAGUUCUUCAGAACCAAUUGGAAAGCCUUUAAAAACAUCAAAUCCUUCAGGAGCCAAGAAGCCCAACUGGAUACCACCAGUUGCAUCUGGAAGUCAUACCAACCAGCUGGGAAGAGUUCCUGUGAAAUCACCCACUCAAAGUCUCAGGCUUGGCCUUUCCAGGUUGGCAAAAGUGAAACCCCUGCACCAAGUUUAGCCAGCAUCUGAAAGUGUCUGCGAUGGCUUCGAAGAGUUUCAAGUUGAAAUUAAAGGACUAAGGUGGGGUGGAGAAAUUAUUUUUUUUAUUUAAAAGCAGGAAAUUUAUUGUAGGCAAUAAAUGUAUUCUUAAGUAGAACACGGUGUUGCAUUUUUAAAAGGUCUAUGCUAUAAGGUAUGAGCUAUUAAUAGUUAAAAUAAUCCCCAGUAAUAAUGUUGAUACUGUCACCCCUCCCUCAUCCGCUGAAAUGUUCAGAUUAUUGGCAAAUUCGCCCUAUUUGUAUAGGCGUGAAGUGGUUUGACAUGGAAAGUGUGGCCGUCCAUUGUUGGCCAGGCCAAAUACCUCAGAUCCUGUGGUUUCCAUCUAGAGCAGGAAUAUGCAUCCUGGUGCCCUCUAGGUGUUUUGGGCUGCACCUCCCAUAAUCCUGACCAUUGCCUAUGCUGGCAGGGGGAGUUGUAGUCCCCAAAAAAUCUGGACGGCACUAAAUUACCUGUCCCUAAGCUAAGGCCUACAUUUUUAAACAUAAAGACUUAAUGUGCAAUGACUGAGUUUGUUUGCUUUUAACUAAAUAUUCAAAUCUUGAAAUUCUACCUUGAUACUGUUUUCUAUCAAAAGGAAAAAGCUAUUAUUCUUAUAAACUUAUACUGUUGUUUCCAUGAUCCAAAUUUAUACUUAUUCCUCAGUUCUUUGUAAGAACUAUUAUCUGAUCAUUUUAGUUUUAAUUAUAAAUGUAUAUUAUGUAUCACUAUGAUUUUUUUUAGAAAGCAAAAUAAACUUUUUAGAAAUGGCAAAUGUCACUUGUAUAAGCUGUUUCCCUCCUUGGCAACCUUCCUUGGUUCACAAUGCUGAUUCACUGAAAACACAGAGCAACUGGUUCAGCUAGUUUUCCCUCAAAGAAAAAUGGUUACUUCAAUACUGCUGUUU